CAACCCGGGGAAGGUGGAGACGGCAGGAUGGCCUGAGGAGAUGAUGUGGGCCUCAGAGGAAAGCUUCAUCAGGCAGCGGUCACUUUGCCCGUAAGACAGUGGACAAGGUGUUCUCUUGGACGCUUUCAGCGAUAGGGAAGGGAGAAGGGGUGGACCAGGGCUGAGCCCUUCAACAUGAAGGACGGUGGCUGUGGGGAAUGUGGUGGGUGAACCACCUCGAAUAAACAGCUUCUGAGCAGCAGCGAGGGCUGGCUGAGGUGGGAAGGCACGGUUUCCUGGGUGACUGAACAAGGCCCGCAUUUUGACUCUGCCCAGCAGUGCUCAGCAGUGGAAAAAGCCAGCAGCCACACGGGGACAAGGAGGGGGCCGCGGACGGGCACAGGGGACCAGGGCUGACCGGAGGUGGACGUGGUGGAAGGUACAGGCGGUGGGGGAACAGCAUAGAGGAGCAGGUCCCACUGGAGGAUCUCUGGGCUGUUCCUUUUUCCAUUUAAGGAGGUGUCGACUUUAAGAUGAAGACCAUAGAGGUAGAUGGCAUCAAAGUGCGGAUACAGAUUUGGGACACGGCGGGGCAGGAGAGAUAUCAGACCAUCACAAAGCAGUACUAUCGACGGGCCCAGGGAAUAUUUUUAGUCUACGACAUUAGCAGCGAGCGCUCUUACCAGCACAUCAUGAAGUGGGUCAGUGAUGUGGACGAGUACGCACCAGAAGGUGUCCAGAAGAUACUUAUAGGGAACAAGGCUGAUGAAGAGCAGAAACGGCAGGUGGGAAGAGAACAAGGGCAGCAGCUGGCUAGAGAGUAUGGCAUGGACUUCUACGAAACAAGUGCCUGCACCAACCUCAACAUUAAAGAGUCCUUCACGCGCCUGACGGAGCUGGUGCUGCAGGCGCACAGGAAGGAGCUGGAAGGCCUGCGGACACGUGCUGACCACGAGGUGGCCUUGGCAGAGCUGGAGGAGGAGGAAGGCAAACCCGAGGGCCCAGCAAACUCUUCCAAAACCUGCUGGUGCUGAGCAUCCUGCGUGGAGCACCCCCGCACAACCCCCCUCUCCCCGCAGGAGGCCUGCGGGCACAAGGGAGCCUGGGCCUCACCCCGCUGCCCCUCUCCUUUGGGUGACCCUGCGGCAUGUUGGCCGCUGCUCCUCCUCCCCCUGCCUGGCCCCGGGGAGCAGCCUCGCCCCC